AAUUAUUCUAAAUAAUAAAAUUUUAAAUUUCAAAAGUAGCUUUGAAUUUAAAUAAAAGCCGUUGACCAAACACUGAGAUAUCAAAAAGCUAUUGCGUUAAACAAAACACAAUCCACAGCAAUAACAAAUGGAGCCUUCUUUUCAUACUUCAGGGAACCAUCAAAUCACCAUUUCACCAUUCUAUCUAUUAUUCAAUUAACUAUGUAAACAUUCGAUAAUCAGAUGGGCAUUUCUAUAAGAUACACAAAAUCUAUGGUGACUGUUGUGGCAUAACAAAGCUUGAAUUCACUGUUUCCAUUUUAUUAUCUAAGAUCUGCUGCUUUUCUUUUUUCGUCCAUGUUCAUGUGCAUAUGUGUCACUUCCCUUAAUUGUGCUUAAUCAUCAGGGAACUUGAUGUAUGCAAACACCACCCUAUAGAUCUCUAUAGCCAUUCUGGCAGCUAACUUUUGGUUUGGUGGAUUUGUGGAAAAUGAUGAUGGGAAGAGAGGACAAAUAUGUGAGAUUUGAGGACUGGAAAUCUGAGCAGUCAGUUAUGUCACCACGGAGGCAAAAUGUAAUGAGUUCACUCAAAGAAAGAGCUGCUGGAGUUUUUGCAUGCCUAGGAAACCUUGUGCAUUCUCAAACCUUAAAGAGAUCAGUGCUCCAUGAAAGGAAGUCAAUGACUAGCACUCUUCAUCCUCAGGGACCAUUUCUGCAAAGCUGGAACAAGAUAUUUGUUUUGUCAUGUAUAUUUGCAGUUUCUGUGGACCCAUUAUUCUUCUAUAUCCCGGUUAUCAAUGACAACAAUACAUGCUGGUAUUUGGAUAAAAAGUUGGAAAUCACAGCAAGUGUCCUGCGCUUUUUCACAGAUAUCUUCUAUAUACUCCAUAUCAUAUUUCAGUUCAGGACAGGCUAUAUUGCGUCUUCUCCUACAACUUCUGGUCGGGGUGUCUUGGUUGAGGAUAGAUAUGCAAUAGCAAAGCGAUACUUGUCAACGUAUUUUCUGAUUGAUAUCUUUGCUGUUCUACCCCUCCCUCAGGUGGUUAUUUUGGUCGUUCUACCUAAUCUUCGAGGCUCAGAGGUUGCAAAAGCCAAAAACAUCUUGAUGUUUAUAGUUAUAUGCCAAUAUGUGCCUCGACUAAUCCGAAUAAGACCACUGUAUCUCCAAAUCACAAGGUCUGCUGGGGUAAUUACAGAGACACCUUGGGCUGGUGCUUUUUUGAACCUUUUAAUUUACAUGCUCGCCAGUCAUGUCCUUGGAGCACUUUGGUACUUGCUUUCCAUUGAACGCAAAGAUGCCUGCUGGAGAGACAAGUGUAGUAAUAAUACUGCAAACUGUAACUCCACAUAUUUAUACUGUGGGAUUAAGGAAAAUACGUUCUUAGGGAAUGUUUGCCUUCCAAUCAACUCAAACGGGAUAGAUCCGUACUUUGGAAUUUAUGUGCCAGCUCUCAAUAAUGUCUCACAGUCAUCUAGUUUUUUUGCAAAACUAUUCUAUUGUAUUUGGUGGGGUCUGCAAAAUCUUAGCUCUCUUGGUCAAAACCUGAAGACAAGCACUUAUGCAUGGGAGAAUUUAUUUGCAGUUUUUGUCUCGAUAUCAGGCCUAGUUCUGUUUGCACUGCUAAUUGGUAAUGUACAGACCUAUUUGCAGUCAGCCCAUCUAAGGGAAGAAGAAAUGAGAGUGAAAAGUCGUGAUACAGAUCAAUGGAUGACAUAUCGACUGCUUCCUGAGAACCUCAAAGAGCGAAUACGGCGUCAUGAAAAAUAUAGAUGGCACCAGACCAGUGGGGUUGACGAAGAACUCUUGCUUAUGAAUCUCCCCAAGGAUCUUAGGAGGGCAAUAAAACGUCAUCUUUGCUUAUCACUUCUCAUGAGGGUUCCAAUGUUUGAAAACAUGGACGAUCAGCUCUUGAAUGCCUUGUGUGACCGCCUAAAGCCUGUUCUAUAUACGGAAGGCAGCUGCAUAAUUCUUGAAGAGGAUCCAGUAAAUGAAAUGCUCUUCAUCAUGAGAGGUAGCCUCAUGAGUAUGACGACUAAUGGUGGAAGAACUGGAUUCUUCAAUUCUGAUGUUCUCAAAGGUGGGGACUUCUGUGGUGAAGAACUCCUGACCUGGGCUCUCGACCCCACAUCAGUUUCCAGCCUCCCUAGCUCAACCAGGACAGUGAAGACAAUAUCCGAAGUUGAAGCUUUUGCUCUGAGGGCUGAAGACUUGAAGUUCGUGGCCACCCAAUUCCGACGGCUCCACAGCAAAGAGCUCCAGCACACGUUUAGGUUCUACUCGCAGCAUUGGAGAACCUGGGCAGCCUGUUUCAUCCAAGCAGCCUGGCAUAGGUUCUGCAGAAAGAAGAUUGAAGAUUCUCUACGCGAGAAGGAGAAGAGGCUGCAGUUCACAAUUGUGAACGAGGGCACUUCCUCCCUCAGCCUCCGGGCAGCGAUAUAUGCUUCACGUUUUGCUGGCAACAUGAUGCGGAUCCUGAGGAGGAACGCCACCCGCAAGGCCCGGCUGCAGGAAAGAGUGCCUGCAAGGCUGUUGCAGAAGCCGGCAGAACCCAACUUUUCUGCAGAAGAACAGUAAUUCUGUCUACUCUGUGCAAUCCACGAAUAGGAAGGAGUUUUUGUGCAUUGCUUGUGCAUUGUUUACCUGCUGAUGCUUGCUUUUCAUUUGACACUAGCACCACAAAGGAGAGAAGAAAAAAUCGCAAUAGGUGUUUGUAUCUCUAUGUAGCACUGUAUAUGUGUUUGUAUAUGAUAGGGUUAUAUGUGUAAUUAUUAGUUAUAUAGACUAUGUUUAUAGUAGUAUGGCGAGCAUUCGAUUCUGCAUUACCAUCAUGCUCUUGAAAUCAAGGGAUGGGGCAAGAUCACAUUGUAAUGGAGACAGUUGUUUUAACUCUUAGAUUAUCCCCAUAUGUUGACAUGGUAUGGAAUUAAUUAAUGGAUUGUUAAA